UACGAAUAUAACAUCCGUUUCUUUCUGUGACCCUCCAGUUCUUCGUAAAUAGCAGUGCCCGCAAUGUCUAUCUGAACGGUAUUUUUUGUUGCUUUUACCAUUUAUAUAAUUUUUCACAUAGCUAUGUGUUUUUUUUCUUAACAGGAUACAGAGUUAAGAUGCCUAGAGAAUGCAAGAAUUCGCUAGACAAGUUUUGUUAUAUAUGUGGAUCAGUUACAUUAAGGCAAUACAAGAGACAGCUGACUCAACGUGUAAAGAAACUUCAUGAGCUGUACUUUGGAUGUAAAGUGGGUGACCAGGACAAAAGCUGGGCACCUCACAUAUGUUGUGUCAGGUGUACAAGUUCCCUUUCUGCCUGGGUGAAAGGCAAAGGGACUGGCCUUAUGUUUGGCGUACCAAUGGUCUGGAGGGAGCCAAAGGACCACUCAACAGAUUGCUACUUCUGCUUAACGGAUAUUAAAGGUCGCAACAGAAAAGGCAAGAAAUCUAUCGUGUAUCCAGAUCUUCAGUCUGCUAUUCGCCCAGUUCUACAUUCAAGUCAUAUUCCUGUACCACAGCCGCCCUCUGAACUACCAAGCGAUGACACGAGCAACUCAGACGAUUCAGAAUCUCAAGAUGCAACGUAUACGACACAACUUGAAUCUGAUAAGAAACCACACCUCAUCACCCAACCAGAACUCAAUGAUCUAGUUCGUGAUCUAACACUCACUAAGCAACAGAGUGAACUCCUGGCCUCACGUUUGCAACAAUGGCACCUGUUAGAUGAAGAAGCUCGAAUUACAGUAUUUAGGAAGCGUUCUGCAAAUCUACAGGAUUUCUUCACUUUGGAAAACAACUUGACUUAUUGUAAUGAUAUCAGAGGCCUAUUCAGUGCCCUUGAGCUGUCCUAUGAACCCAAUGAGUGGAGGCUAUUCAUAGAUGGAUCCCUUUACAGCAUAAAAGCAGUUCUGUUGCACAUUGGGAACACCAUGCCUUCAGUUCCAGUUGCUUACUCAGUCAUUUUAAGAGAGACAUAUGAGAACCUUGCUUUUAUUCUAGACCGCAUAAGUUACAAAGAGCAUGAGUGGUUAAUUUGUGCAGACUUGAAAGUAGUAGCCAUACUUAAUGGGCUACAAACUGGAUACACCAAAUUUAUGCGCUUUCUUUGCAAGUGGUACAGUAGGGCCAGAUCAGAACAUUAUAUACGCUCAGAAUGGCCAUCUCGGGAAUUUAUGACGCUUGGAUGCCAUAAUGUAAUUCAUGAGCCACUAGUUAAGAAAGAGAAAAUCAUUUUGCCACCACUGCAUAUAAAACUAGGCCUAAUGAAGCAAUUUACCAAAGCACUGCAACAUAACAAGCCAUGUUUCCAGUAUCUCAAAGGGAUCUUCCCUAAAAUUAGUGAUGCCAAGAUUAAAGAGAGUAUAUUUGUAGGCCCUCAGAUUCGCAAGCUUAUAAAUGAUGAGGACUUUGAGGCGACAAUGGAUGAACCUGAGCUAGCGGCCUGGCAUGCAUUCAAAGAUGUAUGCAAAGGGCUUCUGGGAAAGCACCAAGAGUCCCAGCGAGAGCGUAAAGUGGAGAGGCUAAUCAAAUGCUACCAAGAUCUCGGAUGCAAUAUGUCACUGAAGAUACACUUUCUUCAUUCUCAUCUGUCCUUCUUCCCAGAGAACGCAGCAGAUGUGAGUGAUGAACAUGGAGAGAGGUUCCAUCAAGAUAUAGCGUCAAUGGAAAACAGGUACAAGGGAAAAUGGAGCCCUGCUAUGCUGGCUGACUUCUGUUGGAACCUGAAGCGUGACACGCCUGAGACGUCUUAUAAAAGAAGAAGUAAAUACUAGAUUGUAGGUUAAUACAUUAUAUAAAGCUAACAAACAUUAUAUAUUAAUUAAAUAAAUACAAUGAAGACAUUUAAUCUGACUUUGGGAGCAAAAUACAUUUAUGGAAUCUUGGAAAUCUCUAUUAAUUGCAUAAUUAUUAAAACAGCGAUUUACAAAAAAUUGUGAAGUGGCAUGAAAUUUUUGUUAUCAAAUUUGAAUUCAGUACACUGAACUUCAUAAUAAAACGCACAUGAGAACUAUGUUUUCUUCUUAACCUUGAAAUUUGUUGUACAGUGAAUUUUCAUUGUUAGAAAAUGCAAAAAUGCAUGCAAAGUUCGCUACAUGGUGAAAAGAAACAUUUCCAGAAAGAUUUCUUUUUAAGUGUUAAUGAGCGUUUUAGGCACCAAAACGAUAAAAAGGCAUGGAAAGCACCUUAUAUAGGAAAAACUAAACAGCCUUACUAAAAACGAGUCUUUUGA